AUCAUUUGUGAAGAAGCUGAGCAGAAGAUCAGAGAUAUGAAAGUGACAGCUGGACUAUUGGUGUUGCUCCUCACAGUUUGUCACGCUGAAGAACAGCCUUGUGACGGCAGAAAAGAUGGUGUUCAGUGUUACGGAAAGCUGGGAGAGACAAUGUUACUCCGCUUGAUGGACAAUGACCUUGGAUUAUAUAGAUAUAGAUGGGAGACUACCACAACUAUACUGAUGACAGGGGGAAUAGGUGGUAAAGUGAAUCUAUCAGAAAAACGAUUUAGCUUCACCCCAGAAGAAGGACUGAUGAAGAUAAUAAAGUUGGAGAGGAGAGAUAGCGGCAAAUAUACUCUCAACAUUUUUAACGAGGGUGGGAGACUGAUCAUCAGUCAGACUCUACAGUUGUUUGUUGAAGAUUCUGUGCCUGGCGCCAAUUCCACUCGGUGUGACCAACCAACACUCACCCUGCCCGCUGCAUAUUACUGGCUGAUUAUACAGAACGGCAUUUUGGCACCAACAGUCCUGGUAAUGAUCGGGGUAAUGAUCUUUUUCGCUCUGAAGAAAAAGCUAAGCAAGAGACACAGAGCUCAGGAAGACCAGGAAGUGACGUAUGUUAAUGUUUCAAGGGAAACAAAUGCAUCUCAAGAAAGGGGAAGAGCACCAACAAGUUAGCUUUUCAGAGCUUCUAAAAGGAAUGUGGACUUUAAUGCUAAAUUAAUAGGCAGCGUUGGUGAUUUACCCUUUAGUUCAACCUCAACAAGAGUAUAAAAAUAUGUAUAUUUUUGUGAGCAGCUGAUUACACAUGACAAUGAACAAUAACUGAGCUUUAGAUUUUAUUUGGUUUUAUUGGACUUUGGGAAAUUUAAAAGUGCAUCAUAGGGUUAAUUUGACUUCUAUACUGUAAAAUGUUUUAUUUGUUUUUAUUGAACUUUGGGAAAUUUAAAAGUGCAUUACAGGGUUAAUUUGGAUUUAUAUUCUGUAAAAAAAGUUUAUUUGUUUUUAUUUAACUUUGGGAAAUUUUAAAAUUGCAUCAUAGAGUUAAUUUUUACUUGUAUUCUAGAAUUUGUUUUAAUUGUUUUUUUUUUAACUUUGGUAUAUUUAAAAGUGCAUCAUAUGGUUAAUUUUGACUUCUUCACUGUAAAUUAUUUUAUUUUUAUUUUUUUUUAACUUUGGGAAAUUUAAAAGUACUUCAUAGGGUUAAUUUUGACUUGUAUACUGUAAAAUGUUUAAUUUGUUUUUAUUUAACUUUGGGAAAUGUAAUAGUGUAUCAUAGGGUUAAUUUGAGGUUGUAUACUGUAAAAAAAAUAUUAGUUUUUAUUUAACUUUGGGAAAUUUAAAAGUGCAUCAUAGGGUUAAUUUUGACUUGUGUACUGUACAUUUUUUUAUUUUCUUAUUUGUUUUUAUUUAACUUUGGGAAAUUUUAAAAGUGCAUCUUAGGGUUAAUUUUGACUUGUAUACUGCAACAUUUUUUUAUUUGUUUUUAUUUAACUUUGGGAAACUUAAAAGUGUAUCAUAGGAUUAAUUUUGACUUCUAUACUGUAAAAUGUUUUAUUUGUUUUUUUUAACUUUGGUAAAUUUAAAAGUACAUCAUAUGGUUAAUUUUGACUUCUUCACUGUAAAAUGUUUUAUAUGUUUUUAUUCAACUUUGGGAAAUGUAAUAGUGCAUUAAAGGGUUAAUUUGUGCUUGUAUACUGUAAAAAACAACAAUUGUUUUUAUUUAACUUUGGGGAAUUUAAAAGUGCAUCAUAGGGUUAAUUUUGACUUGUAUACUGUAAAAUGUUUAUUUGUUUUUAUUGAACUUUGGGAAAUUUAAAAGUGCAUCAUAGGGUUAAUGUUGACUUCUAUUCUGUAAAAAGUUUUUUUUUUUUUUUUUUACUUUGGGAAAUUUUAAAUUGCAUCAUAGGGUUUUUUUUUUACUUGUAUACUGUAAAAAUGUUUAUUUGUUUUUAUUUAACUUUAGGAAAUUUAAAAGUGCAUCAUAGGGUUAAUUUUGACUUGUAUACUAUACAUUUUUUUAAUUGUUUUGU